UUUUCGAUCGAUUAUGUUUCCGCUUAAGCUUCCGAAACGUAUCAGCUUUACGGCUUCCGUUGAUUGGUUUUAUCGGCAUUAUUUUGCCAAUGCCGGUCUCCGCUCAGUUUUAACAAAUCUGGGUGACGGCACCACCAUCCAUUGCUGGGUGCCUAAAUCCCCCAAAUCCUACAAACCCACCCUUCUCCUUCUCCACGGCUUUGGAGCCAACGCCAUGUGGCAAUACGGCGAGCAUCUCCGCCACUUCACCACCCGCUUCAAUGUGUACGUGCCCGAUCUCCUCUUCUUUGGGCACUCUUACACGUCACGCCUGGAACGUACAGAGUCGUUCCAGGCACAGUCCAUAAUAAGGUUGAUGAAGUCACAUGGGGUUGGGAAGAUGAGCAUGGUGGGGAUAAGCUAUGGUGGUUUUGUGGCGUACAACGUGGCGGUGCAGUGUCCGGAGAUGGUAGAGAGGGUGGCGCUGUGUUGCGCCGGGGUGUGCUUGGAGGAGAAGGAUAUGGAAGAAGGGUUGUUUAGGGUUUCAGAUUUGGAUGAGGCUGCAAGCAUUUUGUUGCCUCAGACUCCAGAGAAGCUGAAGGAAUUGAUGAGGUAUUCAUUUUUCAAGCCCGCCAAGGGUCUGCCCUCCUUUUUUCUCGCGGAUUUCAUUCAUGUCAUGUGUACAGACUAUGUAGAAGAGAAGAGAGACUUGAUCCGGGCUAUACUAACGGAGAGAAAGCUGUCUAAUCUACCCAAGAUCUCACAGCCCACACUGGUAAUAUGGGGACAAGAAGAUCAGAUAUUCCCGGUGGAACUAGGGUACAGAUUAAAGAGUCAUGUAGGUAAAGGUGCGGAACUAGUCGUUAUAAAGAACGCAGGACAUGCUGUGAACCUGGAAAAGCCCAAGGAGUUUGCUAAGCACCUAAAAUCUUUCCUCUGCGACUCACAUUCAACUCCGCCAUCACCACCAACAUGGAAAGAUCACUUUCAUUUCACAUCAACAAAGUGUAUUAAUUCAUGACUGAAGAUGAUUUACACGAACACUUUGUUCGUUGAGCCGAUGAUUACGUAAUGAAAGAAAGAAUGUUACACAGUUUUGUUCGCACAUGAAGAUGUUUAGGACCUCUAUAUAGAGGACUGCAGACAGAAAUCAGUCCUAUACUAUAACAGUACACAGAAGCGCCAAAUUAACUCAGUGCUUAAUGAUUUAAUGAGGUAAAACCGUAUUAGGGAAA